AUGAUUUCGCUUGGAACUGGUUCUGUGGGGCCCUUGCUUGCCCAGGUGGCCUUUCCUUUGCUUGCCGGAUUGUUGUCGGGUGCUGUGGCUGCGACGUUGAAGGGCUUUCAGACCUACAUCGACGAUGAGAAUUGGAUCGAAGAAAACCUUUUCUUCGACAGCGGGGCCUACGGGUCCUUUGGCACUUGUAUGAGCUUCAUGAUGGUCUUCCGCACAGCUCAGUCCUACAGCCGUUACUGGGAGCCUCAGCCGCAUCGUGCCGCAUCGCGCCGCAUCGAAGGGAUCGACAUGGUUUACCAGAUCAUGGGGCAUUGGUUCAAUGCUGCCAGCAAUACCUUGGCCUUUAGCCGCUGCAGCACAGCCAAGGCGGAGGAGAUCGAGAAUUUACGGCGGCUCUGCGUGCGACUCUUCAGCUUGUUGAAUUGCUUGUUGCUUCGAGAACUGGAGGGCGAAGAGGUCCGUGCCGAGAGUGGCCUGAAGUUCCCGGUCUUGGAUCCUGGCGGCAUCGACCUGCAAACUCGUGCGCAUUUGCUGAACAUGAAGUCCCACAGCCGACCAGAGCAGGUCUUCCAAGCCAUCAGCAAGGUCAUCGUGGAAGCCCAGGCCUUCGGGAUCAUCGCCUCGCCGGCGCCCAUCGUGGGACGAAUCCAUCAAGAGAUGGGCCUCGGAAUGACCAAGCUCCAAUCCGCCAUGAAGCUGGCCUAUGUGGACUUCCCAGCGCCUUACAACCUUGGAAUGAAGGCCAUGCUGGUGGUCCAUAUGAUGUUAACACCUGUGGCUGUGAUCGCUUGGGCCAAGACGGUGCUCUUCAGUGGCUUCUUUAGCUUUGUCUUGGUCUUCAUUAUGUUCGGCCUCAUGCAGCUGACGGCCGAAUUGGAUAACCCCUUCCACGACUCCGGCUUUGGCUUCGACAAGGAUUUAGUCCAGCAGAAGUUCAACAAAGCCCUUGUGUUGCUUGGAUGCAUUCUGAAGGUGAGGCAGCGCAGGUAUUGCUGCUCAUCAUGUAGCAGCUGUUGGAUGCUGAGAGAUUGCAUCAGUGACUUUCACUGCUCUGAAGAAUCCUGUAUUUAA